AUGGAUAGUAGAAUCGCCAAAGAGGAGAACUCCGACAAUUCCCGUAUCACCCCAGAGAUGUUGAAGUCUCGGACUGGCGAGUUUGACCUGGAGUCGAUCCUUUUCCUGAAGCUGCGCUCUCUGGGGAUCCAUGAGUUGGGUUGUAUUGGAGAAUGCCUAAACCUGGAACGGUUGGAUCUCUCAAACAACCACAUCACCCACCUGGCUCCACUGUCCUCACUGAAGAUGCUGGUGGCCCUUAACUUGGCACGUAACAGGGUUUCUUCUCUGGAGCCCCUGGCCUCCUGUGACAACCUGCAAACCCUCAACAUGGCGGGGAACCUGCUGUGCAGCGUCGACAGUUUGCAGUGCUUAAAAGGCCUUCGUAAGCUAGAAAGCAUCCGCUUGAAGGACCCCAUCUAUAACCUGAGCAACCCGUUUUGUUGCAAUGGGUCCUACAGACAUGCUGUGCUGGAUACCAUCCCUAGUGUUCGAGUGAUCGAUGGUGAGAGGGUCACAGGCAGUGGUAGUGACCUUUACCAUCUGUGCAGGGACAUUGAUAACUCCUUGAAGAGGUUCACCUCCAGCAAUGCCAUGGUGGAGAUGCCAGGCUCUGUCAAGCCAUGGGUGGAGGACGGCUUCUGGGACGCGAGGCCUUCUCAGAGCACCAUUAUCGAAGAGACCUACAAGCAAUUUAAUGACAUUCUGCAGGAGUGUAAAGAACUGAGCAAGAGGGCCGAUGAUGCCAUCGCACAGGCCGAAAGAGCGCUCAGCAUCAGAAGUGACACCAACUCUUAUGUCUUCUAA